AUGGCUCGACUAACUUCCUCGACAGGAGAAAUAUCGCUCUCCACGUUUGACCCUGUUGAUAAAGCCAGAGUGCUGGUUGUUGGGGACCCUGGCGUGGGGAAAACUAGCUUGGUACACCUUAUCUGUCACGGAACACCGCUUCGCUCACCAGUACACACUGUAGGAUGCUCCGUGGAUGUGAAGGUGCGAGUAUCCCAAGAGUAUUCUCGCACCAACCGAAGCUAUUUCAUUGAGUUUGUGGAUGUUGCGGGGUCUUCAAAACAACGCAGCUCACGAUCAAUAUUUUAUGCAAACGUGAAUGGCAUUAUCUUGGUGCACGAUUCAUCCAACCGCAAAUCGUACCAGAACUUGUGGAAGUGGAUUGCUGAAGUCUUCAAUACAGGAUCCUUCAAGGGAUCAACCAGCUCGCCGAUAGGGAGAGACCCGCCAAGUCUUGGACGCAGCACAGAGUUCGACGUGGAUGUGAGAGUGGGAGAGGCGAGACCGAGCAUACCAAUUCUUGUGGUGGGAACAAAGGCAGAUUUGGUUAGCGAUGCAACACACAAGCGGCGUAGCAGUAUUGCAGAAGAAUAUGGAGGGGAUUGCAUUGUGCUGUCAGCAAAUCAACCUUUGGCGUUCUCCGCAACUGCUGACCGUAUCGAUGCGUUCCUUACAAAUGUCAUUGAAACCAAGCUGACCACAUCGACUCCCUUAUCUGGAGGUCAUUCGAUGGGAAGCCUUAAUAGCCUAUCCGUCCAAGGAUCAAACGGUGGAUUCAGUGGGGGAGGGAACCAACUUGGUCCGGGGUUGGGGUUUCCGAGUACUAUCUCACCAGAAAUGCAGCGACGACGCAUACCGCAAUCAGGACUGUUUGGUGGACGACCAACCAGCCCAAACCGAACGUCGAUUAGCGGCGGAUCACAGUUGGGUGGUUAUAACGAUAUUUGGCGGUCAAAGAGUUGGGGGGAGAAUAUUGGAAGAGGAAGAGGCAGCCGAUAA